GCACCAGGUAUCAGCUCUUUAUGCAUGUUAUGUAUUUGUUUACGUCAAACAUUACAUGUCUAUAAUUAGCUUCCAAUUUGUUUUGGUUAAUACAAUACCUUGAAAGAUACAAUUAUGUAAGGAAAUCAUCAAACGACCUCUUGUUAUGGGUCCUCACUGCCUAGAGUACUGUCUGAAACCCGAAAUACUCAGCAACUGAAAGCUGUCAUGACUGUAGUGAUUGGAUUUGAGGGCAGUGCCAACAAGAUUGGUGUGGGCAUUGUGAGGGAUGGGGAAGUACUCUCAAACCCCAGACGCACCUACAUUACACCCCCUGGUCAAGGGUUCCUGCCUAGUGAGACAGCCAGACAUCACCGCAGUGUCAUCCUAACAGUUCUGAAGGAGGCGCUGGAGGAGGCAGGGCUGAAGCCUGCUGACGUUGAUUGCGUGGCAUACACAAAGGGACCAGGGAUGGGUGCCCCCUUGGUGACGGUGGCUCUGGUGGCGCGCACAGUGGCCCAGCUGUGGGGGAAGCCUCUCCUGGGUGUCAACCACUGUAUUGGCCACAUUGAGAUGGGCCGCCUCAUCACGCAAGCCAAUAACCCCACUGUGCUAUAUGUCAGUGGGGGUAACACACAGGUGAUUGCAUACUCUGAGCGGCGCUACAGGAUAUUUGGUGAGACCAUCGACAUUGCAGUGGGCAACUGCCUGGACAGGUUUGCCAGGGUGAUAAAGAUUUCCAAUGAUCCCAGCCCUGGAUACAACAUUGAGCAGAUGGCCAAGAAGGGUACACAGUAUGUGGAGCUUCCAUACACAGUGAAGGGGAUGGACGUGUCAUUCUCUGGGAUUUUAUCCUAUAUCGAGGAAGCAGCUGGGAAGAUGUUGAAAUGUAAUCAGUAUACAGCAGAAGACCUGUGCUUCUCCCUACAGGAGACCCUGUUUUCCAUGCUGGUGGAGAUCACAGAGAGGGCCAUGGCUCACUGCAGCUCCCAGGAAGUGCUCAUCGUUGGAGGCGUUGGCUGUAAUCUGCGUCUGCAGGAGAUGAUGGGAGUCAUGUGCAAGGAGAGAGGUGCAAAGCUCUUCGCUACAGAUGAGAGCUUUUGUAUCGAUAACGGAGCAAUGAUUGCACAGGCUGGCUGGGAGAUGUUCCGGUCCGGUCAGACGACUGAGCUGUCAGACUCAUGGAUCACUCAAAGGUACAGAACAGAUGAAGUGGAGGUGACCUGGAGAGAUUGACAGCUCACUACCCAACAGGCUCUAACUUGCACCCACCUUCCCUUUACCUGGAUUGUAUGCGUUGUGUCAUGAUGGAGGGAAAGAAUGUAGAAAUAUUCUAUGCCUCACUUCUAUUGUUCUGAACCUCUCAACACAACAGUUGUUAGCCUGCGCUGUAGCGCGAUUGAAAUGUAAAGGCAAUGUUCCCGCAUUUGGAGAAAACACCUUUAUCUUUUGAUAUUUUUUUGUCUUUCUCUAGCACUGGAUUCAAUCCGUAUCGCAGAAGAUCCGCAUUAAAAUAAGUAAUUUCUGAUUCAGCCAACAUAUGCACGUUUACUGUGAAUGAAGUCUCCGCGAACGCAGGAACUAUGCCUUUAAAUGUGAAUAUAUAUAAUGCAGAUCUUCCGCGAUAUGGAUUUAAUCCAGCCCCUAGUCCACAAUAUAGCCACGUUUAUACUUGGUGUUAACGUGUCCUGAUCUUGUCAACAUUCUGAUUGCGCCCAUAUUUUUUGACAAAUGUAUACAUUUAAAAGAAGUGAUUGUAAUCAGAUCUUCCUGACCACCUCCGGAGAUAGUCAGUGAUGCGUUGGAAUGUAGCUAGAUUUCUUUACAACUAAACAGAUCUGGAUUAUCAAACCAUUUAAAUCAUCCCUUCUAAAAUCAUUGACAGGUGGCAAUAUUGGCUUAACGUUAAAUAAAAUUUGCUUUACACUGAAAGCUGAAAUGUACCUUUUUCGAGGAUGGGGAUCAGCACGAUUAGAACCUGUGAUCUUCUGGUCCCUAAUCAAUGCAUCGCACCAGCAGAGGUUGGGAGCACUGCAUUCACAGUGAACACUGCAUGUCGGCUAAACUGGAAAUAACCUUUACAUUUCAAUCGUGCUGAACUUCGGCGACAAGGAUAGUCAAGCCCUCAGUUUACUUUAAAAAAAAAAAAAAAAAAAGGUAAAUACAUUUUAAACUUGUCCUUAUUAACAAAGCGAAUACUGCUGUGGGUUUUAUGUAUCGUAUGUGAAAAUGAUAAACAAUGAAGUAUGAGCAUUACCAGUAAGACCAUGGGGCAUGUCAAGUUCAUUCAAUUUUAUUAUGCAAUACUGUUCACUUAUCCUCCAGUGUAUUUUCUUUAUAUAUAUUUAAAAUUUCAAAUCAUAAAAACUGAGCUAGUGUGAUCAUGAGUAAUCAUAUGGAUUCAUGAGUAACAUUCACCCAAUCAGGGUACAAAAAAAACAGCAUUAGGAUCAGACAGGGGAAGGGUGCGUUCUUAUUGUGCUGUCUGCACCCCUGUAAACUGGAGACAUGAUCACACAUCUGUCCCGUGUAAAAUACGGUGAAAUUAAGCAGGUAUAACAUUUUCAAAUUUGUGAAAAAAAUAAACACCUGGUAGGGUAGGCGUACCAAGGAUUGGUCACAACAGAUUAGAAAGUGCUUGACGGAUCCCUCACAACAGAGGACAAAACAGAAAAUGUCUGAUAAAACUGCAGUUCCUCACAAUAAAAUGACAGCUCUUAAGAUUGUUAAAAAGACCAGCUCAACACGACAUUAAAACGAAUCAUUUUGAGCUGAUAGGAACUCCAGGUCCAAUUCAUUAAGGCAGGCCUUUGAAGGCGUUAGAAAAGUCCCUAGUUGUGGAUCUCAUCAAGGAGUUAGUCCAAAGUGUCUCAGUGUGGCUUUGUGUAAAGACAUCGACCUGAGUGCAUGUGUGUGUGUGUGUGUGUGUGUGGGGGGGGGGGGGGUGUUGUGGCAGACAGGUCCAUGCGUCACUAGGCUGGCUGGUCCAGGGAGUUCUUAUACCAAACUACCUUAUUGGGAUCUGAAACAGAAAAUAAGACAGCAUUGUCAAACCUCUCAUACAAUCUAGCCCUUUGGGGCUGCAGCAAGAACUUCUGAAAAGGGAAACCCACUAGAUUAAAAAAUAAAUAAAUACAUCUCAAGUUGUAUCCUUCCUUCUUUAGAACCAUUAGGGUGCAUGAUACAAAUGUUUUUGCAGACGAGAUGCAGCAAGUUUAAACGAUGUCACUUGUAGGAUCUCUCCUAGAACCAAAGCAAUUUGCCUACUGGUCAUGUUGAAUAACCACAAACACUUAGAGCAUGCAAAUAGCCUAGUGAAAAUUGUGUUCUUGAUUUCAGUAGCGCUUUCAACACCAUCUACUUAUUGAGAAGCUGGUGAACUUCAGUGGAUUAUCAGAUUCCCUGUAAACCGUAGUCAGGUGAGAUUUAACCCUGCCAUCUCUUCAUCUAGAAAGGUUAACAAGGGAGCCCUGUAAGGUUGCGUACAAUCACUGAUACUGUGUACACAAUACAGCAACAAAUGCUAAGCCUCUGGCCCAGCCCAUGGAUUCUUUAAAUAUGCGGACGACACUCCACUGGUGGGAUUCCUUAAAAUCAUAUCAAGCCUCCACUGAAGGUCUUGACAGAGAAACAUCCAAAUUCAUCCAGUGAUGCUCAGACAACUUCCUUCAAAAAUAAACUAAGAAAAAUGGAGAUAGCAAUUGAUUUAAAAAAUAUGAACCCCCCCCCCCCCCCGAAGAGCAACGGGGAAUCAGUUGAUAGUGAUAACAUAAAGAAAUACCAUGGAAUUGAGAGACAACCUGAAAUUCAAUGACUGUGCCCUCAAGACAGAGAAACCACAGGAGAUUGUUCUUCACUGCACGCAUUGCACUUAUUCUUCUACGCGUUUAAACCAAACAUUUUUAUAACUAAACCAAGAGACCACAGCCCGUUGUUUCAAAUUGGAACAAAUGAGUCAGUAGUCCAAGCGGAUCCUUCACAUUUAUAUAUCAGUCUCAUCGUUCCAUCUGUGUUUAAACCAUCUUGUAUUAUUGGGUGUUUUUACGUAUUAUGGUGGGACAAUAAAAUAUCAACAUUUAACAAAUCAAACCAUUAAAGAGACAAUUUAAUUUGAA